AUGAGUCGAACAUUUCUCUCGGUGGCAACAGCUUCCAUAGCUGUGCUCUUCCUUGUGGCACUAACAUGUAUAGUGCUUCUCUACAUUGACAUGAGCUCCUUCUACGAUGACGUCAUGAACGAUUUGGACGAGUUUAAGGAUACAGCUAACGACGCUUGGAAUCUCAUGAUGAAUUCCUCCGAUGCUCCACUUCAUCUGUCGUCUCAGCAACGUGGGAAACGUCAGGAUUCAAGGCGUUUGCACCGUUGUCGCAAUUCAGGGCGUUUGCACAGUUGUCCCAAUUUGUGUCCACCAGGGCCCGCAGGACCUCCAGGACCACAAGGAGAAGCCGGCUAUGACGGAGAACCGGGAAAGACUGGGCUCCCUGGCAUACCUGGCAAAUUUAGGGAGUACUUACCAUUUAAAGACCUCUGCAUCAAAUGUGAGCAGGGUCCCACCGGACCGCCAGGCCCUCCUGGAGUAGUUGGUGAGCAAGGACUCCAGGGCCCCAUAGGGCUUCCAGGCCUUCCUGGGAAAAAUGGUGAAGUAGGAUUGCCCGGGCCAAGUGGCGACGCUGGAUUGCAGGGACCCCCGGGACCUCCCGGCACACAGGGAGAACCCGGUCUAACUGUGAAUUGUGGAGUAGGUGCACCUGGAAAGCGUGGACCACCUGGACCACCUGGACCUCCUGGAUUACUUGGGUCCCCUGGACAACCAGGGAGCACUGGAUCGCCAGGGAAAGAUGGCCCUCAAGGUCCCACUGGUGAACCGGGAAGGAAAGGCGAAGCUGGUAGAGAUGGAGACGACGGAGAGCCGGGAGAUCCCGGACCACCUGGUCCAGAUGGAGCUUACUGCCCAUGCACGAGUCGAUCGAAUCUGACUCUGGAGGAAAUGGAAUACCUUGGUCUAUUAUCAUGA